CCGUUAGGGUUUUCUCUGGCAACCGAGCACUAUAAAUGCCAGACGUUGCUGCCGUCUCAGAGCGUUCCAUUGCCGAAAAGCUCACGCCGCCUCUCUCCCAGCUGAGACAUGCCUUCUCUCCUCUCCGACCCUCUUUCCUCCGAGGGGCUCAAGAAAUCGAAGCAUAAGAAGGCGAAGGAGCAAAGCUCCCCCUUAGAGCAGGAGGACAUAGGUAAAAUGAAGAUCAAGAAGAGCAGGAAGAGGAAAGCCGACGAGGAGGAUAAGAGCGACAUCGUGACUGAUUCCUCGCCGGAGGUUCCUGAGAAGAAGAAGAAAAAGCCGGAAGCUAAUGGUCUGGCAGUCAAAAAGCUAAAGGGCGAGGAGACGGUUGAGCCUGAGAGCGGUAGCGAUGUGGACGACCCGAAUGCCUUGUCCAAUUUUAGGAUCUCGAAGACCUUGGUGGAGACCUUAAAUUCGAGGGGCAUAAAGGCCCUGUUUCCCAUCCAGGCCAUGACUUUCGAUCUAAUACUCGAUGGGUUUGAUUUAGUAGGUCGUGCGCGGACUGGUCAGGGAAAAACGUUGGCUUUUGUUUUGCCUAUGUUGGAGUCAUUGAUAAAUGGAAGGAUCAAGGCUUCAAGGAAGACUGGCUACGGAAGACCUCCAAGUGUUUUGGUACUACUUCCAACUCGAGAGCUUGCAGUUCAGGUACACUCAGACUUUGAAGUCUAUGGUGGCGCAGUAGGGUUAUCUUCAUGUUGUGUGUAUGGUGGAGCUCCUUUCCGUGCUCAAGAAUUGUCCAUAAAGAGAGGGGUUGAUAUUGUAGUUGGAACUCCAGGACGUGUGAAAGAUCAUCUAGAGAGAGGAACUCUUGACUUGAGAGCUUUAAACUUCCGUGUCCUUGAUGAAGCAGAUGAAAUGUUGAGAAUGGGUUUUGUGGAGGAUGUUGAACUAAUUCUCGGUAAAGUUGAGGAUGCUAGCAAAGUUCAAACACUUCUCUUCAGUGCUACCUUGCCUGAUUGGGUGAAAGAGAUUUCAGCAAGAUUUCUAAAGGCAGAUAAGAAAACAGCUGAUCUUGUUGGCAAUGAGAAACUGAAGGCUAGUGCCAGUGUUCGACAUCUUGCUCUUCCUUGUUUAAAAUCAACAAGACAACAAAUUCUUCCUGAUAUUAUCCGUUGCUAUAGCAGUGGUGGGCGAACCAUUAUUUUCACUGAGACAAAAGAAUCUGCAUCUGAGCUUUCUGGAUUAUUACCUGGGUCAAGAGCAUUGCAUGGAGAUGUAAUGCAACAGCAGCGAGAAGUCAUUCUAACAGGAUUUAGGUCAGGCAAGUUUUUGGUUUUGGUUGCAACAAAUGUUGCAGCACGUGGGCUUGACAUCAAUGAUGUGCAAUUGAUUAUACAGUGUGAGCCCCCACGUGAUGUUGAAGCUUACAUUCAUCGGUCUGGGCGAACUGGAAGGGCUGGCAAUACUGGUGUUGCAAUUCUGCUUUAUGAACCGAAAUAUAAGUUUAGUGUUUCCAGAAUUGAAAGAGAGUCAGGUGUAAAGUUUGAGCACAUAUCUGCCCCUCAGCCUGCCGAUAUUGCUGAAUCAGUUGGAUCUGAAGCAGCCAAUGCCAUUUCAAGUGUCUCCGACAGUGUUAUUCCAGUUUUUCGUUCACAAGCAGAGGAACUCUUGAACUCUUCAGGAUUACCGGCUGUAGAUUUGCUAGCAAAAGCACUUGCUAAGGCUGCUGGGUUCUUGGAUAUAAAAAAGAGGUCACUGCUUUCAUCUUUGGAGAACUACGUGACUUUGCAUCUUCAGACAGGAAACACUAUCUAUUCACCAUCAUUUGUUUUCAGCGUCUUAGGAAGAUAUUUGCCCCAAGAGAAGGUCCAAAAUCUCGAAAGCGUCUCGAUCACUGCCGAUAGUUACGGCGUAGUGUUUGAUGUGCCUGCUGAUGAUGUCAAUGAAUUUCUCGAAGUUCAAGACAAGGCUGGCACUUUCACUGUCGAGGUCCUGGAAACAUUGCCUCCACUGCAAGAUAGGUAUCACAAAGGCCCCAACUCAGGGCGAGGAAGGUUUGGUCGUGGAGGUGGUGGUUUUCAUGGUGGACAACGUGGUGGCGGAUUCUCCAGUGGUAGAGGUGGCAGCAAUCGUGGCGGAAGAGGUCGUGGAGGUGGAGGCAGGAAUAACUUCUUCCAGAGGAAUUGAAAGAUACAGUUGUUUCAAUCCCAAUUUUGUAGCUGGGAAUAGUCUUUAGUUUUUCACACGAAUUGAAAGAUACAUAGUUGUUUCAACCCCAAUUCUGUGGCUGGGACUGCUAAUGGCUUUCAUAUUGUAUUUGGAUACUCCAAACAUGUUGUUUCGUCUUCUAAUUAAUAUUCAUUUAUAGUUCUAAUUCUGUUA